UUUAUAUACUAGACCAGCCCAGUUCGUCUUGUUGCACGCCCACACUGGCUGUUACAUGAACUUAUAUCAUGAUUUUAAGAGCACUCCGGUCAUAGAAGGACACCGUCGAGCAUUCUUCUAUUGCACUAAACCGAUCAACGAGUCGAUCUGUCCCUUCGGAUUAGACUGAAAAGAUGUGGAUUCCUAUGCUGAGUUUGACUGCCCUGCCUCACUUGGGUGGGAUAAUGGGAGGUAUAAUCACAAGGAAGGAGGUGAAGACCUGGUACACCACACUUAAAAAACCUUCAUGGAGGCCACCUAAUGCUGCUUUUCCAGUGGUCUGGACCACUCUUUACACUGGCAUGGGAUAUGGUUCAUACCUCAUUUGGAAAGAGCUUGGAGGCUUCACAGAGGAUUCACUGGUUCCACUGGGGCUCUAUGGGACACAGCUUGCAUUAAACUGGGCCUGGACGCCAAUCUUCUUUGGUGCACACAAGAUUAAACUGGCUCUGAUAGAGUUAGUGCUGCUCACUGGCACAGUAGGAGCUACUAUGGUUUCAUGGUAUCCCAUCAACCGCACCGCAACACUUCUUAUGGCACCAUACCUGGCCUGGCUCUGCCUUGCUACCUCCCUCAACUACCGCAUUUGGAAAGACAAUCCAGAUCCUAAAGAAGAGUAAAGAAACCAAGGAAAAUUAACACUAUUCUAACUAACAAAACUGAUUGUAUACACUGAAUAUACUACACUUUAAAAACAAACGGUGCUAAAUAGCACUAAAAGUGGUUCUUGGCUCGUAAUCAUAGAGGAACCAUUUUAGUACCUGUGUAGCACCUGUGUAGAACCAUAUGUGGUGCUACAUGGCCCCUGUAUGGUUCUUUAUUGGUGCUUCAUAGGUGCUAUAUAGCACUAAAAAUGGUUCUUCUAUGAUUACGAGCCAAGAAUCGCUUUUAGUGCUAUUUAGCACUGUUUGUUUUUAGAGUGUACACAAAGGGACAUAUUUCAUAUUGCUUUCACACUUUGUUUAAUGGUCAUUUUGCGCUUAAUAUUUUCUAAUCUACCUUUAAUUAUGUUUAAAUUCAUUAUGUUUUAAUAACAAAGCUAUGAAAACAAUGGUGCUUCUCUCUUUAUAUCAGCUGUAGUUAACAGUUUUUUUUCAAAUGUGAAAAGUCUCUAAUAAUAAAAAAAUUGUUUACUUGC